GACAACGAAACUUUUGAAAGGUGAUGCUGACGUAUCGUAGAUAAUGUAGCAUAGCAUAUGCACUGACCCUGCUGCAUUUCGCACACAGAACAAGACUAUGCUGUGAUCCUAACAUUGCAUCUGGGUCCAUUAGCCUGGUCUGAAUCUGUCCUUCCUUGUUCAAUGUGUACAUUUAUUCCGCUUCCUGUUGUACUAGUGUCAUCAUACACAGUCAGAUAUUUACGUUUUUUACUCCGGUGAUGGGUGACUCAUUACUUGUACAGGUGUUUCGUCCACUUGUAUCAAUGAAGAUGUCUUUAACGCAUACACCACCCCAAAAAAUGAAGGAGCAGAAAGGCUGUGGGGAGAUUCUACACUCAAAAUGUCAGCUGCCUCCCUCUCCUGAACUUACAGUAAAGGGCGAUUCUUUGACAGUGCCUUCACAAGAUCAGGAGUUUGAAUGCACAGAGAAAACUCAAGUUGAUAAAGCAGUACGAUUCUGGAACAACCUAAUUCACAAUGCAAAUGUGGACUUUGCAUUUAAAAAGUUGUAUGCUUUUUUAAACGCUCUCAAUCAAUGCAUCAAGGAUGGAUCUGCAACAGAUCAAGACUAUGUGAAGGCCAUGAACCUCAUGCUUGUAGCUGACAUUAUAACUGGUUUAAAUAGUGAAGAAAAUGCUGUUUCAAAAACGGAGGCUGACAAAGAGAUCACUGCAGAAAAUGCAGUGCCUAAUGAAACAACAGAAGAGCCUAUGUUAGAAGAGGGCCUUGUUGGAAUUAAGGACAAUCAGCCUUCCGGCAAAGUCACAACCCCCUCGGAGGAUCUUAAAGCUCCAAGUUUUCCAUCGGGUGUUUCUUUCCAACCCCAUGCUUGCAGUCGGACAUGCCUCCCAGUCAGGCCGGAGACGGCAGAGCAGUUCAGAGGUCAGAACCCCCUGAACAUCCCCCUCCUCUGCCACUUUCAGAGAGCACACGCCAAGGCCGACUGGAGAAGCUUCCAGAAUAUGUCUCUGAACGUCUUCUACAAGGCCCCGUGCGGCAGGAGCCUGCGUGACUUUCAAGAGCUUUGUCAGUAUGUGCUCGAAACGGAGUGCGACUUCCUGUCUCUGGAGUACUUCUCGUUCAACACGUACGUGCAAGUCUACAGGAGUCCUGCUUUAACGCAGCCCCUUGCUUUUGAGCAGGACUUGAGUAGAGGUGAGGAGCUGGUGGCUGUUGAGUUCCGGAACGAUGUGGAUGCGACUAAGCCGGACACGUUCAGGUACAGGAAGGACAGGUGGCCCCACGGGUGUUUUAUAAACGGCUCAGACAGCAUGUUUGCGGACUGUUGCGAUUGUACAGAUGGAUGCGUGGACGAGACAAAAUGUGCCUGCCUGAAACUAACUGCGAAAGCCAAUGCCUUGAAGCGCAACAAGAGAAAAAGAAGUGUCCCACCACCAUAUAAAUACAAAAGGCUAAUGAAGCCAGUGCCUUCUGGGAUUUACGAGUGCAGCGCGUGGUGCAAAUGUGACUUAAAAUUGUGCCAAAACCGAGUGGUACAGCAUGGCCUUCGAGUCCGACUCCAGGUGUUUAAAACGGAGGAGACUGGCUGGGGAGUUCGCUGUCUGGAUGACAUUGAUGAAGGGACAUUUGUAUGCACAUAUGCAGGUAAAAUAUUAAUAGAGGGUACGGAAGAUGGAUUCAAAACUAAUGGUGCAGAGCUGGAGGCUGGCCAUGGGGAUGCAGAUCCAGCAGGAGAGGCAACAAAGAGAAAACGAGAAGCAGCAUCUUCAGACGAAGACAUUGAGGUGAUUGAAGAGACACAAGAGGCUCGGGAAUGCUGUGUGCUUGAGGAUCUCCCAGCUCCCCAGCAAUCCACUGACAGCAGCAAGGACUCGGAAAAAGAUAUUACGGGGAUAAAUUGUGGAAAUACGUCGCCACUCGUCUCUGUGAUAAAGAGACCCCGAAGCAGGACGGCAAUGCUCCAGGCCGAGCUGGAAAAGCUGAGGGAGGAGGGUGCAAUCAAAUGCCAUCCCAGCAGUUCUGAGGACGAAGAAGAUGACAAAGUGCAUUUCUCUCCCAGAACCAAAGUUCAUAAAAAAAAUGGUCCAUUGAAAUCAAAUUCACCCAAGACCAGAAGUAGAUCAGGUCUUGUAGCAGAGGCCGUGGCAGACCCGGAUGUAGUCCAGCAAGUCGUGGAAUUGGCUGCCAGUGGACAAAAUGUAACAAACCACUCUGUCCAUGCAAGAAAAGAAGAUUUAAAAUUGACUCGCGUGUGGUCCCUAGCUGAAGAGAGAAGCGAAACUAAAUUAGAAGAAAGUGCAGCAGGCCACCAGAAGUCAAUAGCUCAUGAGCCAGAGUAUCAUUAUUACUUGGAUGCAACACAGGAGGGAAAUGUAGCCCGGUUUCUUAAUCACAGCUGUUAUCCAAAUCUCUUUGUGCAGAAUGUAUUUGUUGACUCGCACAACAGGAAUUUUCCCUUGGUGACGUUCUUCACAAACAGGCAUGUAAAGUCAGGUACAGAGCUAACCUGGAAUUAUAAGUACAAGGCUGGAAGCACACCUGAGAAGGAAAUUGAAUGCCAAUGUGAAAAAGAGACAUGCAAGGCCAAACUGCUUUGAUAUAAACCACAACAUUUACUUUUGACAUGUUUAAGUGACAGUACACUUGUCUGAAGUGUAAGAAAAUAACUGAAAUGAUGCCAACCGAAGAACAUGAACCUAAUGCAAUAAGAGUUAUUGAAUAUUUGGUGUCCCUUAUUUAUUGUGUGGUCAAGUUACUGCAUUUGUCUUAUUGUUUUCUUUUGGUAUAGCCUUACCAGAUUCAAUACUACUGUACUUAAGUUAUUAAAGUCUUUUUUUCAUCUUGAUUAAAAGCCAUCAACAGUUAAAUUGUAAGGGGGGCAAACAAUUAUAAAGCUUAUUAAUAUGAUUCGUUUUUCAUAAAUUUAUGUUAAAAAUGUUGCUGCCAUGGCACUAAGUGCCAUAAAGAAAAUAAUAUUGAUUGCUGAGGACAGCAAAAGUUUUUUGAUCCCCUUUGUAUGUGUUGCAAUUUCAGUUUUGGAAACAAUGCUGUCAAAUCCCAAUUGCUACAAAUAAGUAUAAUAUUACAAACUACAUUAUAGUAAAGAUGUGCUUUAUACAUUUAUAAGUAGAGUGCAUGACAGGGGAGACUAUGGAACACAAUAUAGUAAGGAAUCCUUAUUAUCAAGAGUAUAACAUUUAAUAUAAUUGUGGGACCCUGCAUCUCGUUAAGACUCGGGAGAAAAUGAUGUUAAAGAAGUCUUGAUUAACAGCUGCAGGGACUUUUCUUUGUCCCUUUACCCCAAUAUGUCAUUGAUUACAGUCUCUGCACUCAGGGGUAUUUGGCAUGUUUAUUAAAGUCUGCAGCAUAUUCUACUGCCGACUGUCUCUGAGCAAGCCAGAAGAAAGAUUGAAUUUCUGUUAUGAGGGCUGUAAAAAAAAUAAUCCCUGGGGUGGGUCGAGAGUAACUUCUUCCCCCUUGAAACAGCGAGUUUGUUAAAAGGUGGAAAACCUCUGGCUAACUCACUUUUUUACAGAACAAAAUAAUAGAUGAUGAAUUUGAUGCAAAUUCAGAGGGUAUAUAGUAUGCCUUUAUUUUACCCAAGCACAUAAUCGUUAAACUGGUUUUAAAUAUGAAGAUAUAUAUUUUUCUGAACAGGAGGUUGGUGAAGUGCACAGACUGUCAGCAUUAGGAUGAGCAUAGCUGUCAAGCAGCCAUAUGUACUGAAUAUGGAUGUAGGGUAAUUGCUUCUAUUUGCUAAAACAAAUGUAUAUGUAUAUUGCAUAUUUGAGAGUGUGUUUCUAUGUAUAGUAUUUGUAACUCCACAGGUGCCACUAUAUUUGUUUUUGAACUAAUGUCUCAUCUGCAGGGUAUUUCAUGUAUUAAAUGACUGUGCCAUUGUCCGUUUUAUAAAGGGAUGUAAAUAAUAGGUGCCCUUAAUGUUUUGUUUUAGAGGAUAUUUAGCUCUUUAGUUGUUGUGAUCUGAUAACAGUUACAGGGAAGGCCCCACAUUCCACAUGACCAACAAUCCUCACUUGUAUAAUUUUUUGAUUAUCUUUCUUCAUCAAGGACCAUGUGGCUGUUCUAGAUUAAAGCAGUGGGGCCCUGGGAUCUUUUCAUCUAGUGGGACAGAUUAACAUACAAGCAGCUGCUAUAUUUGUUGUUCUAUAUUUUGUAACCUAUUUCUUAUGUGUGUUUUGGUUUUAUCUUUUUUCUUUCUUUUUAUAAACUUUUUUGGGUUUGUUUUACGA